AUGCCUGCGAGGUCCCAGAGCCAUAAACCGAGUAAUGCCCGCCACGCGCGUACGACUUCGUGGUCGAGUGGCUACCAUCAUUUAACCCAGGGCACCGGCGAACCUUCCGAAGCUCCUCCUCCCCGACGUCGCCGCGAGUCCCAGCUCUCCCUCGCCAGCGUUGACGAGAGCCCCUCCUCCCCCGACGCUCCAAGUCUCGAUGAUCCCGACAUGAUCCGCAAUACCUCAAUGGAUUUGGACGCUCAGAAGAACCAUGUGCGCAGCCGCUCGCAGAGCCAGGGCCAGCUCCUGGCUAUGCAGCAGUCCAUGCUGCCCGAACAACCACCUCGUCCCGCCCCAGUUACCUGGAUGUCACUACCCCGGAAAGGUCAAUUGGCGCUACUAGGCCUGUGCCGUGUUUUCGACUUCUUGCAGAUCGCCUCGUUGCAGGCGUACAUGUUCUAUCAGCUCAAGUCCUUCGAUGAGAACCUCUCCGACUCCGACGUUGCCACUCAGGCCGGUAUCCUCCAGGGCGCUUUCACUGCGGCCCAGUUUGCGACGGCGAUCCCAUGGGGUCGUGUGGCGGAUGCCGAAUGGGGUGGUCGGAGGUUCGUGCUGCUAGUAGGCCUGGUUGGUACGGCUGUCUCGUGUCUGGGUGUGGCCUUCUCGACGUCGUUCGCGCAGGCUGUGUUCUGGCGUUCGUUUGGCGGUGCCAUCAACGGCACGGUUGGAAUUAUCCGAACUAUGAUUGCGGAGAACGUCAAGGAGAAGAGAUUCCAUUCGCGCGCUUUCUUGAUUUUGCCCAUUGGGUUUAAUAUUGCGUCCUUGUUUGGUCCUGUUAUGGGUGGUAUGUUGGCCGACCCUGUGAAGAGCUAUCCCCGCCUUUUCGGCCCGAACUCGUCAUUCGGAGGUGAGACUGGUGUUCAGUGGCUGGAGCGUUACCCAUACUCUCUGCCCAUGUUUGCCAACUUCAUUUUCUUGUCGGUCUGUGCAUGCUUGGUGGCCUAUGGAUUGGAAGAGACCCUGCUUUCUUGCAAGGGCAAACCGGGUCUGGGUUCUUUCGCCAUGAAGAUCUUUGCUCGCAUUGUCGGACGUGUGGCUGGUACUUCUUCGCCUCUAUACACCCGCCUGCCUUUCCGGGACUACGAGGAGAAUGGCCCUCUGCUUGCUGGAGCUUUGGAUCGCUCCGAGAGCUACGAACUUGAGGAGAAGGCGUCCAAGCCUAUCCGUGUUAAGCGUGUUUUGCCAUUCCGUCGUAUCUGGACCAAGAACGUUCUGUGCACCCUCGGUGCCCAGGCUUUCUUUGAUUUCCAGAUGGGUGCUUUCAACAACCUAUGGUUGCUGUUCCUCUCGACUCCCCGCUAUGACCCGGCUGAUCCAGCCAGCCCCGCCCAGAGCCUGCCCUUCAUGUUCACGGGUGGCCUGGGUAUGCUUCCCCAGAGCGUUGGCUUCGCGACCGCUAUCCUCGGUGUGAUCGGCAUGUUCCUCCAGUUUACCAUCUACCCCUCCAUCAACGGCCGAUUGGGUACGGCUAAGAGUUACCAAUACUUCCUUUCCCUGUUCCCACUGGCCUACGCUCUGGCGCCUUAUAUCGCCCUGGCCCCAUCCUCUACCCCACCCCCCGGUCAGGCCAACGGCCCAUGGGUAUGGAUCUGGAUCAUCAUUGUGCUCUUCUGCCAAGUCACAGCCCGAACCUUUACCCUCCCAACCUCCAUCAUCCUCCUGAACAACUGCUCCCCACACCCAUCGGUCCUCGGAACGAUCCACGGUAUCGGCCAGUCCGUGUCCUCGGCCUUCCGAACCAUUGGACCCAUCUUCUCGGGUGCGUGGUACGGAUAUGGUCUGGAUAUUGGUAUGGUCGGGUUUGCCUGGUGGCUGAUUGCCUUGGUGUCUGUCUUUGGCUGCGUUGCUGCCAUCUUCGUGUACGAAGGCUCGGGCCAUGAGAUCAUUCUCCCUGGUGAGGAAGACGAGGUCCUGGAGCAUGGACAUUAG